CUCAUUCGUAUCGUCGCCAUUGCAUUUCAUUCAGUAUCUGUUUCUUUAGGUAGUUUUCCAUUCGUGAAUCUUGAAUUUUUAUUUUUGAAAGCCAACAAAAGAAGAAAAGAAAAACUCCAUUAAAUUAUAUACUAUUAGCUAAUUUAUUACAUCAAAAAUUAAUCUUUGAAUUAAAUUCAAUUCAAUAAAAAAUCAAUUUCAAUCAUGAGUGAUAUGGAAGUCGAAGGAAAUGGCAUUGAAAUCGAUGACCACAAUGAGAAUGGCCGAGUCCGUCUGAAUGAAAUGGCCACAAAGUAUAUUCAGGAUUUGAUGGGCGAAAAGUCUCGAAUGGAAAAUCAAUAUCCACUUGCUCAAAAGCUUAUUGAUGACGCACUUGAGAAGGUUCAUACGACAGGAAGGAUACCAACACGUGAGCAGUACGCUGAUGUCUACCAGCAGAAGACAAUAAAACUUUCACAGAAAGUUCAUGUGCCCAUCAAGGACAAAAAGUUCAACUAUGUUGGCAAACUACUCGGACCAAAGGGAAAUUCUCUGCGCAGGUUGCAAGAGGAAACCCAAUGUAAAAUCGUAAUACUUGGCCGUUUCUCAAUGAAAGAUCGUGCUCGCGAAGAAGAACUUCGCAAUUCGACAGACACCAAAUAUGCCCACUUAAAUCUACCACUGCACGUGGAGAUCUCAACAAUAGCACCACCAGCUGAAGCCUAUGCCCGAGUUGCCUAUGCACUAGCCGAAAUACGAAAGUAUCUCAUCCCCGAUAAACAUGACGACAUCCGCCAAGAACAAUUACGCGAACUAAUGGAAGAUCCUGAGGCAGCGAAAAAAAUCGCGCAACGUGCCCAAUUGGCUGCUGCCAAUGUCAAACCACAAUACCAACAGCAGACAAUGCAUCAAAAUUACAAUAAGCCUCGGUAUAGCACUGAGAAUGGUUCAACAAGCGGUGGUGGUUAUCCAAAACAGCAACAGCCCCCUUCUCAAUUGCAGCAACCGUAUUAUGGUGGUGGUGGCUAUCAGCAGAAGACAUAUGCUUCAGCUAACUCGAGAAAUUACAAUCCGAACAAUAGACGUACAUAACGUAUAUGAUAAUAAAUAUAUUCUUAAACUAUGGAACAAAUAGAAUGAUGCAUUGGACAUACAAACAGAAAGGGCAAGCAAAGUGAAAUGAAUCAUCAUUCUUCGAUUAUGUUUAACAAUUUAAAACAAAAAAAUUAAAAAGGAAGCAGCGCAUAAAGAUAAGAAGACAAAUCCCAGCCUUCUAGAAGGUAAAUUCUACAGAGAAUUUAUUUUUUAAAUAUUUAAAAUCAACAAAUAACAUAUUUAUAUAAAAAUAAAGCAACAUUAUGGGAAACAAAAAUAACAAACAGAAGAAGAAGACAAGAGGAAGAAAAAUCUCCAGAUGAUGGUAUAAAAUAAAAAUUAACUCAUUAUAAACAUACAAAAUUAAUAACAUAACAGACUAUUCAUUGUAAAAUAAAAUGAAAGAAAAUAAAAAUGAUCUAUACAAUCACAAA